AUGUUUGGCUCAUCCCGGGGAGGUGUCCGGGGGGGUCAGGACCAGUUCAGCUGGGAGGAUGUCAAGACUGACAAACAACGUGAGAACUACCUGGGGAACUCCCUGAUGGCACCGGUUGGCAGGUGGCAGAAGGGGAAGGACCUGACCUGGUAUGCCAAGGGGAAGAAGGACACAGCUCCUCCGUUAUCCCGUGAGGAAGAGCUGGCUGCUGUCCGCCUGGCUGAGCAGGAGGCCAUGAUGGCAGCACUGGGCUACAAGAACGUGAAGAGGCAGCCCACAGGCCUCAGCAAGGAGGACUUGGCUGAGGUGUGCAAGAGGGACGGCACCGAGCGGGAUGAGAAGGAUGUGGACAGAGUAGUGGGUUUGGGCAGCUCCAGUGGCAGUGCUGGACGGGUGAUGCUGUCCAAGGAGGACAAGGAGGCAGCCAAGAUGGGGCUCUCUGUCUUCACGCACCAGAAGGUCUCCAGCAGCCCUGAGACAUCUGGCUCCAAGAAGAAUCAGGAGAAGGAGGAGAAGGUGGAGGAGAAACGGAGCAGCAAAAAAUCCAAAAAGGAAAAAAAGAAGAAGAAAAAGAAGAAACAUAAGAAGGAGAAGAAGAAAGGCAAGGACAAACACCACAAGAAGGACACUGUCCCGUCCUCCUCCGACUCUUCUCCGGAUCAGGAUAAGAGCCGGAGCCGGGAUGGACACGGCCGACACCUAUCCCCGCGGCGCAGGGCGAGGAAGAGGAGCAGGAGCAGGUCCCCUCCAUCCCGUGGGGUCAGGCAGCGCCAUGACACCGACUCAGAGGACUGA